AGAAGUGUAUUGCUAUUGCUCAUCUUGACCACUUGUUCCACGUGAUGUCAUGUUGCAGGGGAUGGCUGUGAAUGACCAAUCAGAUGAGGAGAGUAAAGUGACUAUGAGGAGAAAGGCUGUGACAUCAGUGUGUGUAUGUGGGACUGUGAGGCUGCAAACACCCUUGGUGUGUGUGAGAGAGAGAAAGAGGGAGACUGCAAAGGCACCUGUCAGUAAGAAUGUGGAUGAUUGUGUUUUUCUUGUGCUGGGUGGUCAGAAUCGAUGCAGAAUGUGUUCUACAAAAUGAGACAGCAAUGGAAGUCACCAAAUACUCUGGAGAGUCUGUUCUCCUGCCCUGUUCCUGUUCUGAUCUCCAGACACAGAAUACCAGAUGGUUGAAAGACAGUGUGCAGAUUGAUCUGACUAAACAUGCAGACAGGAUUCAGAUGACUAAUCAGGAUUCCCCUGGAAAUCUCUCCCUGCUCAUAUCAGACCUGACUAAGAAGGAUGAGGGGCUCUACACAUGAGGGGCUCUACCAGUACAGCUCCAGACACUUCACACUCACAGUAAGAGGAUGCACUGUAAUGAAACAGGACACAACACUUCAGAUUAAGAGAAGCUCAGGAGAAUCUGCACUGCUGCCCUGCCUCUGUUCUCCUCUGCGUGCCAAACCUGAGAGUGUGAGAUGGACGAUGACUGGAAGGAGUGGAUCUAUGGAUACUGAAAUAUCCAACACAACUGGACCCUACAGAGGCAGAGUUCAGAUGUUAAACCGUCAUUCACCAGGAAAUGUAUCUCUACUCAUAUCAGACCUGAGUGAGAAGGAUGAGGGGGAGUACAGAUGUGAAUGUAGCACCCACAGCUACAGAGACUUCAGACUCACAGUUACAGAUACUCGGAGUAACGGUGAACCCAAACCACCUUUCUACAUAUUCAUCCUUGCUGCUGUGCUCCUGUUUCUGCUGCUGCUGGGAGGGGCUCUGUUCCUUUACAAGAGACGCAAAGGUCAAAAAGGGGAAUGUACAAAAUCAGGACAGAAGCAUGAGGAAGACAAGGACGACACCAGGGUGUACUGCACUGUUCAGGACACCAGAGAGGACAGAUCCACACAAGCAGAAAAAGAGGAUGAUGUGACCUACUCAACUGUAGUCCAUGAUAAAAAACCCAGAGUAGUCCAAGUGGAGGUGGACACAGGUGACGGCACAGAAUAUGCCAGGAUCAAAACCAGAUGAGCCAUGACACCCCCACAGACCACCACACUUUGUUCAUGUAAGCACAGUUUGAGUGUGAUUUUUGGGUGAUCUAUGAGUGUUUUCAGUGUAAGAGUUUUUAUUAUGCUCACAUUUAUAGUUUGCUAAACAUACUAGUCAUGCAAUUAUCACUUGGAUUUAUAAUGCUGUUCAUG